CAGUAUUAUCAACACCUCUCUCACAACAGUGCAAUUUAAUAUGAUAAAUCCAAUUUGUGUGAGGGGGGUGGCGGGGGAUCCAAAUUGACCACUUGGGCCUUUUAUAUUGCUAGAAAUCCGACAAACUAAACCUAAUCCAAAUGGCCACACACAAUUUUUGUUUUGUGACUUUAAUGUGAAGAAUGAGUCUAUUUUUUCUAAAAAAAAAUUGUACAAAAAAAACCUACGUAACGAGCACGACCACAGUUUCCUGCCAUGUGGUGGUUGAAAUGAUGCGUGCCUUUUCAUAGCGCGAUGAGAAGGCAGCGACGUCAUUUGGCUUUGUUCAUAUAUAAUAGCGCUGUACAGAAAACUCUAAUUUUAUAGCAGAAAUCAGGUCUUUAUGUAAUAGAUAUUGAGUUCUCAGGUUUUCUAUAACUACUCUCUGAUGUCUUGUUUUCCCGCCCCCCCCCCUACUAUUAACUUUUAAAGAGGUUUGCGUCCCAUCCACAUUGGUCUUGUCUUGUUAGCGGGAAGAGUUUCCUCCUUAGUAGCGAAGUCCUCAGUGAUGGAGUUAGUUUUAAGUCAGUGUUUCCUUUGGGAAUCCCUGGUCUAACACGCACGGCAUGAAGAACCCCUCUCCCAGCAUCCCUGCAGCGCCACCGCUCCCGACGUGAUGCUGUGGAUGGAUGGGUGAUGAGAGGCCGUGGGCAUUAGGGAAUGUUGAGAUUUGUCUGGCUUUCAUUUUGUUUACAUAUCUCCCUUUGUCAUAUGCAGUGUUCAUGUUACCACUGAUGAAGCCUUCGUUUGGACCCCUGAGCAGGAUGCGUGACUUACACUACUGACACUACCAUAGGUCAGAGGUCAGGGCUAUUCAACUAACUUGUUCCUGGGGACACAUUUUCACAACGCUGAGGGCCAGGCAGACGAACCGUAUUUUUAUUUUCUAUGUGACGUUGCUUCAAGGCUCUGUCAUAUCCUCGAUUCUUUACAGCUCCUCUGACAGCAGUGCUCUGCUGUUUUUAAGUAACUACUGUAAACACACCAGUCAAAGAUAUUGUAUAUGACAGGAACGCUCUGCUGUUUUUUAUGACCCACUGCAAAAAUGUGAGUCAAAGAUCCCUUAAAUGACAGGGGCGUUCUGCUGUUUUUGAGGACCUACUGCAAAAGUGCCAGUCAGAGAUCCUAAAUAUGACAGCAGCCUUCUGCUGUUUUUGAGUACCUGCUGCAAAAAUGCUAGUCAUAGAUCCUUGAAAUGACAGGCGCAUUCUGCUGUUUCUGAGGCUCGACUUCAAAAACACCAGUCAAAGAUCCUCAAAAUGACAAGAGCCUUCUGCUGUUUUUGAGGAUCGACUGCAAAAAUGCCAGUCAAAGAUCCUAAAUAUGACAGGAGGCUUCUGCUGUUUUUGAGGACCUGCUGAAUUUUUUUUUUGUCAAAGAUUCUGCUGUUUUUGAGAAUCUACUGCAGAAAAAAGCUAGUUAAAGAUCCUCAAUGUGACAGGACCAUUCUGCUUUUGAAGAUCUGCUGCAAAAAUGCUCGUCAAUGAUCCUCAAAAUAAUAGGGAUAUUCUGCUGUUUUUGAGGACCUGCUGCAAAAAUUCUUGUCAGACCUUUAAAAUUACAGUUUUUGAGGAUCGACUACAAAAAGGCCAGUCAAAGAUCCUCAAUAUGGUUGGAGCUUUCUGCUGUUUUUAAUGACCUGCUGCAAAAAUGCUAAUCAAAGGUCCUGUUUAUAACAGGAGCACUCUGCUGUUUUUAAAAACGUGCUGCAAGAACACUGGUCAAAACUUAUGACAGGAGUCAGCGGACAGGAGUGUUCCGCUGUUUUUUCCGCUGCAAAAAUGUUGGUCUCCCCCAACAGAACACACGGGCCACUCUGAUGUCAUUCAGGGGCGGGAUGAGUUGAAUAGCCCUCACCAUGCUAGGUGAUGAGUGUACAUAUUUGAAAGGUUGUGUUUAUUUUCUCUGAGAGAAUGCUCCUGAUCAUUCAUAAGCUGUCUUUGUGCAUUCUGCCACUAACCAACAUGUCCUGGCUGAAGAGAUCAACACCGUUUCAAGCCACAUCUUUGUAUGCAUGUCCAUUAUGAUCAUGUGGCCACGGACAACACUUUGUCACGGUACAUAAUGUAUGUCAACGUUUCUGUAGAGCAUCUUUUUCCCAUGGCGUCUAUUAGCAUAUGCAGAAUAACAAAUAAAUGUGUAUAUAUAUAUAACUCAACGUUGCUGUGUAUUCUCCACUUUACCAUGCACCAUUCUCUAACAUUAGUGUACUGUACAAAACAGUGAUGAAAUGACAGUGAUGGAGUGACACAUUUUAUUUGCAUCCAAAUAGCAUACAUAUUUUUAUACACAAAUAGCCGUAGUACAUACAGUACAGUAGCACCAGUGGUACAGUGUAAGUUGUGCAGUUACUCUCCCAGACUGCAGAGAACGCUGUAUGUUUUUACUUAAUGGAUGUACGCAGCUGUUGGUGGUGUUCGCGGCAAUUCGAACGAGCAGACACAAACACGGAAACCGCCAGCAUGGAAGGGCAGGUUGGCGAUAAAAAACGUAAAUUUAUGACUGAGGACGAUGAAUGCUUCAACCAGGCCACGCUUGUCGCCUCAAAGUGGAUUCUGGACUUCCUUUUUGUCAGUGUAUGUCGUCGUUUUAAGGAGGGAAGCUAUGAUGCGUUCCAAGACGCCAUUUGUACCUACGACUCCGUUUCUCGGCAAGCCUCGCUGAAACGAGGAACCUCAGACGAGAAAACUACAAUAUGCGCCUUCCUCGCCAGAGUCAUGCACGGAAAGCAGCUGGACACACACUUUGAGGACGACGACAGUGUGAUGCCGCUCAUGUCUGCGUACAAAGUGUGGUUGCAACUCAAAGAGGCCGUGGAAGAUGAAAGUUUAUUUGGAAACGUCACUGUUCUCUUGCUCAUUCAGUCUGUAGUUGUGUGCUUGGAAAAAGGCCAAAGAACAUCAGCCUCCUUCGCUCUCAAGUGGUUUGAAGAGCACGAUGGCGUCCCACAGAAACUGGGAGCCAAGCUUUCCACCAUAGUGGCACAGAUGGACACCUACAAUCCGCUCCUCGCCGGUUUCAGCUUCAACCGACUCCUGGAGAUGGUGCGGUCAUAUUUGGACACCUACCUGGCCAGGAAUCCGUCAGACUACCUUGUUAAGGAAGCCAUAAAGACCGUCCGGAGUGUGGACGAUAAGGACGCCAUGGCAACAGAGGACACAUCUCGCCCAGAGAAGGUCGACGACUCCCAACGGGAGGAGACCAACGGAACAAAGCACAAGCACCAGUCCACCUUCAAGAAUCUGCGCAUUUGCCUCCCUAAUGUAUCAGCGCAUGCGCUACUGGAAAGAAACACGUUGACCACCAUCAAGGAAAAGCAAAACAUGGACGCUGAGGAGGACGCGAGACUCUCACAGAGGGACGAUGUCAGGACAAAACGCAAACUUCUGUCCACUAAAGCAAGCGUGUGGGAAGGAGAAAGUCAAACAUGCAUGAGACCAGCGACUUUAAAAGACAGCACCAACACUUCAGUCAUCAGUAAAGCAAGGACACACAAGAAAUGGACCUUUGAGUUGGACAAGAAACUCAAAGAUGGCGUCAGGCGUCACGGCAUGGGCAAGUGGGCUCGCAUUUUGUUGGAUGCCGACUUUGAGGGCCGCACCGGCACCAUGCUGAAAGACCGAUGGAGGGUUCUCGUCAGGGACAAUAAAGUCAACUGAAGACGUUUUCAACACAGUACGUAUUUGGGGUAGAAACGGUGUGGCAUCCUCAUGGUUUGGUACGUACCUUAGUAUGGAUGUCAUUGUUCAGUUCAUUUUUGAUAGAUACUGUAGGUACAAAAGACACCAUUUAACUACUUGGCCAAUACAUGCAAUUCUUGAAUUAAAAAUGUGAUAUGCUAUUCUAUAUUGCAAUUUACAGGGUGUCAUAAGGAAAGUGAAACAGUAAGAGUUUGAACAGUAUUAUGUAUAUAUCUAUAUGACCAUUUCUUAAAAAAAAAAAAGGCUUAAAAACCACACAAACAUGUAAAGGCAAAUGUUUUAUUUGUAUCAACAGCUUUUUUUAAGUACAGUAUGCUUUUUUACUGUCUUUGUUGGUUGUAUUUGUACAAUAUGUCAGACCCAUAAAUAUACUUUGCACUUCCUGACAGCUUGUAUUUGAUUACUGAGCAUAUUCAUGACUCAAACACUUCCCAUCUUUCACUUUUAAUGUGUAUUACUUGGGAGUUCGGUACCGAAAAAAGAAUUAGAAUCCGAAUACAUGUAGACCUCGUUACGCCUCUAAUACUUGUUGCUGUAUUAAGCAUAGUUUUAUUUUGUAAAUCAUGAAUUUUACCUUCAAGUGAGCGUCUAAUGAACCUAACAUGUUGUUUAUAGUACAGACAGAAAAUACACACUAAGAAUAUCAGAACAAUUAGCUUAGCUGAUCAUGUCCUUAACAGCACCCCUGCUGGCUAGAAACAAGCAGUGCAGCUUAUGUUUCCUCAUCUUCUACAAGAGAACAAUUACGGCACAUGCAUCCCGAGUGCAGCCUUCCAAAAAAGAAAAAUGUUAAACUUUUUAAGCACGUGAUCCAUUAACAAUCUUACAUCAUUAGAUAAAAAUGUCACGUAAUUGAUGAUUUGGCCUGACAAUUUUUUGGAAGGGCAAAAAUGACCACACCCAGCAUGGCCGCCUUCGGGGUGCAUGUGACUCUCAUUCAGGUGUCAAAAGAAUGUUUUUACAUAAUUGAAAGACCUUUUAAUGGCGAGCCGCAUUUGGCACACCUUCAGCACCUUUUAAUGUAAAAGGUGAUUGUAUUGGAAAGACGGGAGAGAUUAUUUACAGUAUAUGAAAUUAGCUCAUCCAUUCUACGCUAUCGUAUUGCUGUAGUUAGGCUUACUCGCCACUAGAGGGCAUCGUUUGUAAACAAAGACGUUUACUUAAGCGUGCACGUCGUGUUUGCUCCUUGAAUUACAUCACACAAAUGGAAUGAAAUGUG